AUGUGGCGGCAACUUGUGAAUUACUGUCUAACACAGGUGAAAAGUGGUAACGUGGCUGGUGGUCGAAUCAGAGCUGGGGUCGUGGAUAAUAAGACUCGCGUGAAGAUGUCUCAGAAAAUGCAACGUCAAAUGGAACGACAACGAGCCCAAGGAGGAGUGACCAGCAUCCGUAGCAAGACUGCUGGUACGGCGUCGUCAGUAACUUUCACUCCUGUUCAAGGGCUUGAAAUCAUCAAUCCAACUGCUCUUGAGAAGACCGUCACUUCAUCGUCAACCUACUUCUCUUCUUCUGCCUCUUUUGUAAAGAUCGAACCAGGAGCUAUGAAAUAA